AUGGCUCAUGAGAAGAAGCACGACUUGGACCUCGAGUCUAAGCCCAACGACAACUUUGUCGAGGUGUCGACUGAGGAUGAGAAGGGCGGCGUGUUGCAGCCUGGAGCUGAUUACUCUGGUGCUGUGGCAAAGACGAGCGCAGAGGAGAUUGCUCUUGUUAGGAAGCUAGACUUUAGAAUCAUGCCGACGCUUUGGCAAGGGCAUGUAUUCUUGAACUACCUUGACAGAAAUGCAAUCGCCCAGGCUCGUCUAGAUAGUCUCGAGAAAGAUCUAGGUCUUCAGGGCUCGCAAUACAACACUUGCAUCUCAAUUCUCUUCGUUGGAUACCUCCUCAUGCAAAUCCCCUCCAACAUGCUCAUGUCCUCCAAACACGUCCGGCCAUCCGUCUACAUGGCAAUCUGCAUGAUGGCAUGGGCCCUCGUCUCCGGCUGCACCGCUCUUGCAAAGAACUAUACCCACCUCGUCGUCGUCCGCUUCUUCCUCGGUGUGACCGAAGCCCCAUUCUACCCAGGCGCCAUUUACAUGCUCAGCAUCUUCUACACCCGUAAAGAGAUCGCCACUCGUCUUUCUAUUCUCUACUCGGGAAACAUUUUUGCCACGUCGUUCUCGGGCCUCAUAGCCGCUGCUGUGUUCAACACCAUUGAUGGGGACUACGGGCUGAAGGGGUGGCAGUGGUUGUUCAUCAUCGAGGCGUGCCUUACCUUUGGCGUCGCCGUCAUUGGCAUUUUCACACUCGCCGAUAGCCCUCUCACGACUCGCUGGCUGAAGCCUGAAGAGCGCCAGCUUUCUCACGACCGUAUGCUAAGGGACACUGUCGGUCUUCAAGAGAGCAAGGGUGCCAAGGCGGGCUUCAUGCAAGCCGUUCGCGACCCUCGUCUCUGGCUCCUCUGCUUCAUCCAGAACAUGCAUCUCUCUGCCUGCAGCUUCAAUAACUUCUUCCCUACCGUCGUCGGCUCCCUCGGCUUCAACGACACAAUCACCCUUGUCCUCACCUGUCCGCCGUACCUGAUCUCCGGCAUCUUUGGCUACCUCGUCGGUCUCUCUUCCGGCAAAUACAACGAGCGAACCUGGCACAUCACCGCAUGCAUGGGCAUGGCUAUCGUCGGUUUCGUCAUCUCGUGCGCCACUCUCAACACGCCGGCACGCUACAUUUCCUGCUUUUUAUUCGCGUCGGGAGCGUACGCUGUCAACUCGUGUAUCUUGGGCUGGGUUUCGGCGACGCUGGGAUCCACGCAGGAGAAGAAGGCUGUUAGUCUGUCAAUUGUGAACGUUAUUGCUAAUGCGUCGUACAUUUACACGGCUUACUUGUACCCCAAGAGCGAUGGACCUCGGUACCUGACGGCCAUGUCGAGCAAUGCUGCUUUCGCAUUUGCUUGCAUUGCUGGUACGUGGGCGUUGCGUUUCUGGUUGGUCUCUACGAACAAGAAGAUGGGCGCCAGCGGCACCAAGUAUGCCUAUUAA